AUGAGAGGAGAGAACCAUGAGUUUUCUAGACCUAGCCCCAUAUCCCCACUUCUUUUCAUUGCUCUCAUGUUCUCCUCCACAAGGCUCUAUGUGGCUAUAGAAGACAGUUCUUCUCCUUCAGUGCUAAACUAUACACCUCCUGAUAACUAUCUCAUCAACUGUGGAGCACCUGAAAACAUCCUACUUGAUGAUGGCCGAACCUUCAUGUCUGAUCCUCAAUCUGCUUCUUUCCCAUCCACUGAUGAAAACAUUCUUUCUUCUAUUAGUUCUAUACCGAGUAAUGUAUCUUCUUCUUCUCCACCUUCUUCGUCUCUUCCUUUAUAUCUUUCUGCAAGGAUCUUUCGCGAAGAAGCAACAUACAGAUUUCCCAUCUCCCAUCCAGGCAGGCAUUGGGUUCGUCUAUAUUUUUAUCCAAUUCCACACCCAACAUAUAAUCUAACAAGUGCAGUCUUCACUGUCACCACAGAUAGUAUNAGAUUUCCCAUCUCCCAUCCAGGCAGGCAUUGGGUUCGUCUAUAUUUUUAUCCAAUUGCACACCCAACAUAUAAUCUAACAAGUGCAGUCUUCACUGUCACCACAGAUAGUAUUGUUCUAUUGCAUGAUUUUUCAGUGAAGGAUAAAAGUAUGGUCUUUAAAGAAUACCUCAUCAAUGUUACCUCAGCCACAUUCUCUCUCAAGUUCUUGCCUAUGAAAAACUCUUUUGCAUUCAUAAAUGCUGUGGAGCUUGUCUCAGCACCCGACGAGCUUAUUUCUGAUUCAGCCUCUGCAGUUUUCCCAGCUGGGGAUUUCAAUGGCUUGUCUAAUUAUGCUCUUGAAGUGUCUUACCGAUUAAAUGUUGGAGGGCCACUCAUCAGUCCUAGAAAUGAUACUUUGUGGAGAACAUGGCAGCCUGACAGCCAGUUUAUGAGGUUCCCGGAAGGGGCUAAAACUGUAUCUAUUGCUCCCAACUUUAUCAAAUACCCUGAGGGUGGCGCCACCCCAUUCAUCGCCCCGAUUUUUGUUUAUGCCACGGCUGAUGAGAUGGCAGAUUCUGGGGUGGCUGAUUCAAAUUUCAACCUCACUUGGGAGAUGGUUGUUGAUCCAGGUUUCUCCUACUUGAUCAGAAUGCAUUUUUGUGACAUUGUGAGCACGGGCCUUAAUGAGCUAUAUUUCAAUGUAUAUGUUAAUGGGAUGAUGGGUGUGUCAAGUCUUGACCUCUCAACACUCACUUUAGGCCUUGCGGUCCCCUAUUACAAGGACUUUGUGCUCAAUGCCUCGGCCAUUUCUAAUGGUUCGAUAAUGGUUCAAGUAGGUCCUGAUUCUAAUGAUCAGUCAAUCCUACCAAAUGCUGUUCUCAAUGGCUUGGAGAUCAUGAAGAUGAGCAACUCUGAGGGAAGCUUAGAUAGUUUAUUCUCUUCGAAAGGGGCAUACCAUGGGCCAAUUUCAGGGCCUCAUACGAUGAAAAUUGCUGCUACCAUUGGAUUAGUAAUUGGCGCAACAGCAAUAUUGUCACUUGUAAUGGGCAUUAUUCGAUGGCAAAGGAAGCCUCAAGAUUGGAAGAAGCCAAGAAGAAGCUUCUCUUCAUGGCUUCUUCCUUUAAACUCCAGCAAUUGCAGUUUCUUGUCCAACAAGAGCAAGAGUAAUUACUCAAGGUUUUUUUCCUCUCAACUUGGUCUUGGCCGGUUCUUCACCUUCAACGAAUUGAGGGAUGCAACAAAGAACUUUGAUGAAAAUGGAGUGAUAGGUGUAGGAGGGUUUGGAAAAGUGUAUCUUGGUGAAUUGGAAGAUGGAACAAAGCUUGCCAUAAAACGAGGCAGCCCGAGAUCAUCUCAAGGCAUCAAUGAAUUCCAGACAGAAAUCCAAAUGCUUUCCAAGCUAAGGCAUCGCCACCUUGUUUCACUAAUCGGGUACUGUGAUGAACAAUCAGAGAUGAUCCUUGUCUACGAGUACAUGGCUAAUGGCCCCUUUCGUGACCACCUGUAUGGCUCAACCUUGCCGCCUCUACCAUGGAGACAACGACUUGAAAUUUGCAUAGGUGCAGCUCGUGGAUUGCACUAUCUCCACACUGGUGCAGCACAAGGUAUAAUACACCGCGAUGUUAAAACCACCAACAUUCUCCUAGAUGACAUUUUUGUGGCAAAAGUUUCUGAUUUCGGCUUGUCUAAAGCUGCACCAUCAUUGGAUCAAACACAUGUAAGCACAGCUGUGAAGGGUAGCUUCGGAUAUCUCGAUCCUGAGUACUUCCGGAGGCAACAACUUACAGAGAAAUCAGAUGUCUACUCAUUUGGGGUAGUCCUUUUUGAGGUUUUGUGUGCAAGGCCUGCUCUAGAUCCAACAUUGCCAAAAGAGAAGGUCAAUUUGGCCGAGUGGGCAAUGAAACAGCACAGAAAGGGUUCGCUUGGGAAGAUUAUCAAUCCUCGUCUUGUUGGCAAUGUCAGCUCAGAAUCAUUGAUCAAAUAUGUANAAGAGAAGGUCAAUUUGGCCGAGUGGGCAAUGAAACAGCACAGAAAGGGUUCGCUUGAGAAGAUUAUCGAUCCUCGUCUUGUUGGCAAUCACAGAAAGGGUUCGCUUGGGAAGAUUAUCAAUCCUCGUCUUGUUGGCAAUGUCAGCUCAGAAUCAUUGAUCAAAUAUGUAGAAGCUGCAGAGAAAUGUUUGGCAGACUUUGGAGUUGAUAGGCCAUCUAUGGGAGAUGUGUUGUGGAACUUAGAGUUUGCUUUGCAGCUUCAAGAGGCAUCCUCACAACUUUAUCCUUCUCAAGAUCACAAUACAAAGCUUGCUGUGGAACAACCAAGUGAAGAAGAUACCAAAGAAGAUCCAAUCAUUUCAAUUGGUGAUGAUUCUGGGGUGGUGGUUGGUUCUCCCUUAUUUUCUCAGAUUGAACAUUUUCAAGGAAGGUAA